UUUCUCUAUUUCUGAUCUGGUCUGGGGUAAAGUAAAGAGCCAUCCUUGGUGGCCUGGCCAAAUUUUUGAUCCUUCAGAUGCAUCGGAUUUGGCAAUGAAAUAUCAGAAGAAGGAUAACCUCCUUGUCGCAUAUUUUGGAGAUAAAACUUUUGCAUGGUGUGAAGAACCUCAGCUGAAGCCUUUCGAGACAUAUUUCUCACAGAUGGAAAAGCAGAGCAGUUCAGAUGCAUUUGUAACUGCUGUUAAUGAUGCACUAGAUGAAGUCUCUAGGCGGACAGAAUUGGGAAUGACCUGUUUUUGUUUGCCUGAAGUAACUUAUGCUAACAUUAAGUACCAAACAGUUGAGAAUGCUGGUAUACGAGAAGGGAUUAGUAGAUCUGUUUUUGACAGGUCUCUGGUUGUGGAUUAUUUUGAGCCUGGCAGACUUCUUAAAUAUAUUCAAGCCUUAGCCCAGUUACCAACUGGAGGGGCUAACAGACUUGAGCUCGUGACAGCUCAGGCUCAGCUGAAGGCCUUUUAUCGAUCAAAGGGGUAUCCUGAACUUCCUGUUUUCCUAAGUGGUGGAGGAUUGAUGGAGAAUGAUUCUGAGGUCUCACCCUCUGGUAGUAAAUUAUUUGGGAAAGAUACCAUGGAACACUCAACGCCUACUCCCAUGGAACUAAAUCUUGGGAAGCGCAAGAGAGGCAGAGGGAGGCCCUCCAAUAAAGAAAAACAGAUGUUGGAGGAUGCUAAAAAACAAAAGAACUUAUCUGAGCUAAUGGAAGAAAACAUUGUCUCUCCUCUGGCAAAUGAUGGCAAAAUUGGAUCUGCAGUAAAAAUUGAUGACGAUUCGAUGUCACUUUCUUCUGAAAAGAAACGCAAGGUCAUUGAUUUUGAUUCUGAUUACUCAGAGAGAACUAAGAAAAAAAGGCUUGAUUCUUUAGGAGAUUUGGUUACCAAGUCACCAUCUCCAACUCCUAGUAGUUCAUUCAAGGUUGGAGAAUGCAUCCGUCGAGUUGCAAGCCAGUUGACUGGUUCUCCACCUAUCCUUAGGUGCCAUGGUGAAACAUUCCAGAAGAGCAUUUCCAAGGCUGAGCAUAGAAGAUUUGAUGUUGUCGAUACUGAGGCUUCUACUCACGCCGGUGUAGAGAACCCAAGAAUAAAGAUAGGCAUAUCAGGGGAUACCUCCCUGGAUGAAAUGCUGUCUCAGCUGUGCUUAGCCGCAAGGGAUCCUAUGAAGGGAUACAGUUUUCUGUCAACUAUAGUUAGUUUCUUUACUGAUUUCAGAAAUUUUUGUGCCUCAAGUUCUUCUAAGGAAAAGAAGAAUGUUCAGAAAAUUGGAGGUAAAAGGGGAAGGAAAAGAACUGUCAAUUCUCAGUCACCCUCUUCUGAUAUGUCGACCCCUGAUCAUAUGCAGGAUUCUUAUUGGUCUGACAUGAUAUACCAUAACAGCUCAACAAAUGAUCUUAAAAGGAAAGGAGAUGCUCAUAUGCGGAGCCUAAGGAAAAGGAGGAAAUCUGGAGGGGAAACAUCGCUCUCUUUGUCAUUAGGCCGUAUAUCUGGUACCGCACGACAUCUGCAGGUUGGAACCAUCAGUCCUAAAAUAAAACAAGCAUUGACAACAGAAAGAUCAGUAAUCAGUUUGGAAGAAAAAAUUGUUGAUGAGUGCACGCCAACUGCACUGGUUUUGAGCUUUAAUGGAUCAAGUUCUCUUCCUUCUCAAACGGAUCUCAUUAGGAUUUUCAGUCGUUAUGGACCUCUGAAGGAAGCGGAGACAGAAGUUCAAAGCAAGACCAAUCGUGUCAAAGUAGUCUUCAAGAAACGUGCUGAUGCUGAAAUAGCUUUCAGUAGUGCAGGAAAGUAUAGUAUUUUUGGGCCAGCACUUCUUAGUUAUUGUCUUAGAUACUUGCCAUCAACACCUAAUGCUUCUCCAGACACCCCACCACAAAGCAAAAAUGAUGCAGGAUCCAUUGAAGGUGGCAAGUUAGAGGUUCCAGAUGAUGCUUCUCCAAAUACUCUGUCACAAGGCAAAAAUGAUGCAAUACCCAUUGAAGGCAGCAACUCAGAGGUUCCAGAUGAUGCUUCCCCAAAUACCACACCAGAAGGCAAAAAUGAUGCAGUACCUGUUGAAGGUGGCAACACAGAAGUUCCAGGUGAUGCUUCUCUGAGUACCACACAAGUCAAAAACGAUGCAGCACUCAUCAAAGAUGGCAACUUAGAGGUUCCUGAUGCUUCUCCAAAUACCAUACCACAAGACAAAAAUGAUGCAGCACCCACCGAAGGUGGCAAUUUAGAGGUUCCAGGCUGUAUGGCUCCAAAUAUUACACCCCAAAAUGAAAAUGAUGCAGUACACAUUGAAGGUGGCAACUUAGAGAUUCCAGGUAGUACUUUUCCAAAAGCUAAACAAUUAGAUAACGAUGAUGCAGUACCCGCUGAAUGGGGCAACAUAGAGGUUCCAGAUGAUACUUAUGCAAAUGUCAUGCAAGACGAAAAGGAUGCAGCACCAAUCAAAGAUGGCAUCUCGGAGAUUCCAGGAAAUACUUCUGCAAAUAUUACCCCACAAGAUAAUAAUGAUUUAGCAGUAAUCAAAGAUGACAGCUUAGAGGUUCCAGGUUAUACUUCUCCAAGUACUACCGCACAAGACAAAAAUGAUGCAGCUUUACUUGAAGAUAGCAGCGUAGAGAUUCCAGGCAACACUUAUCCAAAUACUACCACACAAGACCAAAAUGAUGCAGCACUUGUUGAAGGUAAAGCAGAAAUUGGUGUUGCAUCAGAUGUUGUGCAAGUGGAACUUGUGGACAGAGGGUCGGUUGAAGGGGUUGUUCAGGUGGAUAGUCAGGCUAGUUAAGUAUUAUUAUCUUCGUUUUUCCUGUGAGGUCUGCCCAGAAAUUCUCCAACUCAGCUUUCACCAAUAACCGAACUGGCUGCACGAGGAACUACUGACUUCCAAUUAAAGGUUUAGUCUCUCCUCUAAGAUUCAAUAGCAUAUUCCAUUUAAAAAUUUAUCUAGAGAUGGAGAGGAAAUGGUUGUGCAAGUGUUUUGAAUGACUUAAACCAUAUUAUUUAGGGAUAUAAUUAACCAUUGAGAUGCUUUCUGGCAAUUUCUGCAGUGUCUCUUGCUUCUAGAAGAUCUUGUUAUAGGGUAUCAUGGGCAAACGUUUCAGCAGAAUGGAAAAAAUAAAAAAGAUUUGACUUCCUCCAAUACCUAGUCUUUGUCCUUCCUCCCCCACCCCACAAAAAAAAAACCCAGAGACAGUUGCAGGAAAAUCAAAAAAAUGAAUUCCAAUGUUCAUGACAUAACAACCUCCUGCCCUGCAAUUACUCUAGUGAAUAAGAUUUUCUGGAGAACAUAUUGAUAUCCCCUCCUCAACAAAAGAAAAGGAAAAGAAAAGAAAAGAAAGAAACACGCACACAUGCAAAAGAAACAUCAAAAAAAAGGGCUGUUAUGUCCAUAAUAUAACUCCCUUCUGCCCUGCUAUCACUCUAUUGCAUAAGAUUUGCUGGUAUGCGUAUGUCCUCUCUCCCAGGGCAUGCUCAUAACUCCCUCCUAAAAUUUGCAUUCUUAGGGUGUCCUUCCAAAUUCUUGACAUUGUGCUACUACUAAUUGUAUCAUUUCAUGGUAUCCACCUUUGAUCAUCUUAUUCUUGCAGAAAUGUCCAGAGUCUCAACUCACUUGCCUAUGAGUGCCUUAUUCAUGUUUCUGAGAUUCUGUGACUCUUAGGCGUGGUUUGGAUAGGAUGGGUCGGUAAAAUGUUCUCCAAUACUGAUGUCUGCUGAAUUUUAUGAAACUUCCUGUUUGGGAAAAAUAUUUUAACAGUUUUAGCCAAUCCAGAUAUUUCGCAAAUCCAGAAAGAUAGGUUUUUUAAGAGACAUGGUGUUCCACGUUUUUCGCAAAAUGGGAUCUCCCACUUUCUUAAAAAUCAUGUUUUUACAAAUUCUAGUUUUCUGAAAACAAUUUUUAUAAAACUUUCAACCAAACAGCACCUUAGGAUCACGGACAGAGUAUUCUCACUGAGCUGGAUAUAUAUCCCCUUACAUAAUUCCGUAUGCCUUCUCACCUUACAAUUAAUUCUAAAUGUUUUACUGUGUGUCAAACAAGGUAUGGACCUUGUAAAACAACAUCAAUCCAAUGAUAUUUUAGAGUAGCUGUUGGGAAAAUGCCAUCAUAUUAAUAAUUAAUCUUUGGGACAAGUCCCCUUACUGUAAUUUUCUUUUUUUGCGGCUAUUGUAACAUGAUGUCAUGAUUUCAGAUACAAAUUUAUCUAAAUGGAAUAAUGAAAAUUUUAAACAAUUAACGUUUGGAAAUUGGCCAGGCCAAAACAUAGUAUUUGGAAUGCAACUUCAGUUUGCUUUAAGUUGAUGAUGUAGUUAGAAUUGAGGGGUAAGCUUUCCCCCAUUGGUUGUAAUAUUCACAGCAUUCCAUGUAGAUUUUAAGUGCAUUUAUUUAUAUUUUAUGUAAUGGGGUUACCGAUAUAUAAAAAUUUGUGGAUUAUGCAUGGUUUCAAGUUCCAACUUCUGCUAGUUGGCAUGCGCCACAUUCUGCAAGUAUCAGCAUGACAGCUGUUAUUUUGUAAUAUUUUUAGUAUUUUUUUCAAAAUUCUUUUGUCUCGAAAUAUGGCACUUGCGCCGGCAUGCCUGGUGUCACCAGCAGCUGAAUCCUUGUUAUCCCGCAUUUGUCAAUAUUUGGAUGACAUCGGUCAACAUUAGGUUGUCCCGGAUGAGUUUAUUUAGUAGUAAUGAUUUUGCAUGAUCCAUGCAGCCAUGCUCCUUUGUAGAAAAGCAGCAUAAGUAUAUCCAACUUCGUAAUGAUGUGUUGCGUAUUUAUUUCCUCCUUUAGAAACACCUUUGUGAAUUCAUUGCUUUUUGAUAGGAUUAAAUGCCAAAUGAUGAAUAUCAUGGAGUUUGAAAGACCUUUGUUUUGUGAUUUAGGCUUUAAUUUGAUAGUGGAACUGCAGUCAUGAGAUAAGAGAUGCAAUAAUUCAUCCCAUUGAUUGUUGGUGCUAUGUUGAAUCAUAUGCUUUAAUUAUCAUUGAUUUGAAGAUUUAUAGGUUGGAAAAAUAGAGUUACAGAGAAUUUGUAGAUCCUUGUGUAACAUUCUUUUUGUUGCUUUGAUUUGAAAAUCUGGGAGAACAGAAUUGCUGUAAUUGCUAAUGAGAAUGUAUAUGCUGAACCUUCUCUUGUGUGUU